UCCUCCUCCUCCUCCUCCUCCUCUUCCUCCUCUUCGUCCAUAGACAUCCUGGAGGAGCUACAGCUGAUCGCGGCUCAGAACCUGGAGAAGGUGGACAUCCAUAAGUACUACGAGGUGGUGCGAGAGCUCGGCAAAGGAACCUACGGCAAAGUGGACCUGGUCGUGCACAAGAUCAGAGGGACCAAAAUGGCGCUGAAGUUUUUGCGUAAGAAGACGACAAAGCUGAAGAGUUUCCUGCGCGAGUACAGCGUGUCUCUGUACCUGUCCCCCUGCCCCUUCAUCAUAAACAUGUUUGGAAUCGCCUUUGAGACCGAUGAGUACUACAUCUUUGCCCAAGAGUACGCUCCGGCCGGGGAUCUCUUUGACAUCAUCCCUCCACAGGUGGGUCUCCCGGAGGCUGUUGCCAAGCGCUGUGUCCACCAGGUGGCCAUCGCGCUGGACUACCUCCACUGUAAGAAACUUGUGCACCGCGACAUCAAACCCGAAAACAUCCUCAUCUUCGACCGUGAAUGUCGCAAAGUUAAACUGUCCGACUUCGGAAUGACCAGACGCGCCGGAUCUCCAGUGAAACGCGUGAGUGGCACCAUACCCUACACCGCCCCCGAGCUCUGUGACACCUCCAGGAACGACGGCUUCUUCGUGGACUACAGCACAGACGUGUGGGCAUUCGGGGUACUGCUCUUCUGCAUGCUCACCGGAAACUUCCCGUGGGAGAAAGCGAUGCCCAACGACGCCUUUUACGACGAAUUUGUGCGCUGGCAACGACGUCGUACAGGGAACGUGCCAUCGCAGUGGAGAAGGUUCACGGACGAAGCUUUGCGCAUGUUUCGAAGGCUGCUCUCCAUUGAACAAGAGCGGAGAUGUUCGGUUAAAGAGGUUUUCAGCUACUUCAACCAGUGCUGGAUGUUGGAUACGGAAAACGGGAACGUUAACAACGCCGGGUUAGCGACUAGCGCGCCCCAGAUCAACAUGAGCACCUCCUCGUCUGAAGAAGAUGUUUUAGUGGAUAGACUCAAACAGCAAACCUUGUCUCCGGCUUGCGUCGCCGCUAAAGAACGGCUCAUGAUGGACACACACUACUCCUCCGCUAACAAUUCGCCGUCCGCCAACGCCAGCUACGACCGAGUGAACAGGGAAAACAACGAGCGAGGGCGCCUUCUAGUGGCCACUCCCAUCGAAAUCUGCGUGUAAACACAAAAUAAGC